AUGUCUUUGGCAGACCUCCAAGGAAGUGGAGAUUACAUGCUUAUAUUAGCUGACAUAGGAACUGGUACAUCUAACAUAAAAUUAAAGGUAUUUAAAGGUAUAUCAUUGAUGAGUGAAAAUACACUUAUGGAAAUUCCUACAGCCCUAGUUUCAUUUUAUCAUGAUCAUCAAGAUCAAAAAAUUCCAUCGAUAGCACUUGCCUCUGGUUCGAGUAUAUAUAUUUAUAGAAAUAUGAAACCAUAUUUCAAAUUUUCUUUACCUGACUUGCAACUUAAUCAUCUGGAAGUUGACCUUUGGAUGCAGGUAAAAAAUGAAGGUAUAAGCCCCAUUGUUCUACACAAUAUGUUAGAUACCAUUAAAAAUGAAAUUGGAUUCUCAAAUUUAAGCUACCAAUCACAAAAAUUACUUAUGAUACCUAUCAAAAAUGAAGAAGAAUUACUUGAAGCAGUUAAAACUUAUGCUGGUCAAACUAUAAAAAGACAAACUGUUAUAACAUGUAUGGAUACUUUAUUUAAAAAUUCAAAUAAUUCGAAUGCUGUUUCCUGUCUUGUGAUUGGAACAGAAAACGGUUGGGUUCAUAUUAUAGACAGCGAAGCUUUUACAAUUUUAGAUUCUUGUACGGAUCAAACAGUACCAGUAGUAAUUAAAACAAUCGGUUUGUUUGAUGUGGACUACAGAAUAGUUAUUUGUAACAGAAAUGGAAAAAUAACAUUAUUGAAACGUGGCUGGACUCAACCAAAGUGCCUUAUUAAUCUAUCAACACAAAUUGUAGAUAUGUCAUUGUUACCUGAUACAGGAAAUAUUUUAUUAGCUUUAAUGGAUUCAUCAUUGGAAUGUUAUUCGAAAAAAGGUAAAAAGUUAUGGAAUAUAAAAUUACCAUCUACAAUUACCGGUUUAUUACCUAUACCAUUAUUACAUCAGGGUUUAACACUAAUUGCUGUUGCUUUGAACGGUGGAAAAAUAAAUUUUUAUAAUGGUAGAGAAUUGGUUGAUACCAUUAUGGCAACGGAUACAAUAGCAGGAAUGGUGUUUGGAAGAUUUGGUCAAGAGGAACAUUGUUUAGUUUUAAUCACAAUCGGAGGUGCUCUUCAAGUUAAAGUUUUAAAAAGAACGGCUCAGUUUUCCCAACAGAGUUCGACGGUACCAUCGAGUACAAAUUUUCAAAAUAUUAAAUUAAACAUUCCUAAAAAGACGAGUUUAUUUUUGGAACAAGCCAAUAGGGAAAUUAAACAAUCAAUACAUAUAUUUCGAUUCAGAUUGGAAACGGCGAGAGAAUUUUACAAUUCAUUAAAUAAAAUUAAUAAUUCAAUAUCGAACGAUAGUAAAUUACCAUUGAAAUUAUCCACGGAGGUAUUCGGAUUAGGCCCGACGUUCAAAAUAAUGCUGACUUUAGAAAACAUGGCGGCUCAGUUACCAUAUAAUGCUGAUGAAUUAUUAUCUAAAACAAUCGGUAUUGUUUUUAAUUUUAACGAUAAAAUAUAUAGAGUGGAAAAACCGUACAUAUCCGUACCUUUUCUCGUACCUGGUUUACAAUAUAAAUUCGAUACAAAAGUUUUUUCAAUCACGGAUACUGGAAUAUCGGAUGAAAUACACGUUUUUGUUUUUUCCCACGAAUCAACCGAACCCAUAUUGUCAGCAAUCGUCAACAUUCCUAUUUGCGAUGUUUUACCAAUAGAAGUUUAA